CUCACGUGCACCUGCGCGCUCUCAGUACAAGUUAAGACGCACGCGGAGGCUCCCAGAGCGUGAUGUGAACGGGGCAGCUGUAAACAGCGGUGGCGCGCGCUCACGGAUUUUGGUCCUCAAUGAGGAGACCGAAAGAGACCGGCCGUGCAGAGCGGAUCGAAGGCGACGUCUCUCCAGCUGUCGUUUAACUGUACUUGUCCGACAACUGGAACAGAAACUCUGCUCGCGUGCACCCGGCGGAAGCCGAGUGUCUGAGGGACUCCCUUUGAGGCGGGAAAACACGGAAUUACUGUUCAGAAAUGCUCAUUUUCUAAGUUGGAUUCUUUCAUUUAACGGCAGUCUUGCUCCUUAACGCGAAGACCACCGUUGUAGAUAAAGAUAGCCGUUUUAACGCUGGUGUCAAAACCAGUCACGUAUAUUGCACUUAAAGGUUUCACACUCCUGGGGCAGGAAUUCAACCGAAACGGGAGCCCAUCAUCCGAUCUCACGCAUCGGAUUCCGUCGCCGCCGAGUGAAUUAAUAAAUAAAUAAAGUCUGACUGACUGGACAUACAGGCGGUGACGCGUCCCACGUUUGACAGCUUUUUGGGGGCGUCUCGGUUCAACUCAGCUCAAGCGUCAAUGUAACGUUAAAUACGCCGAACGAGAAGAGGAGGAAAAGGAGUGAACCCACACCAGCAGAAUCCUUCAGUUAUCAAUGGGAAAUACCGGAGCGCACGCGACUGGAGCGAGAUGCUCAGAGAAGCUCGAGACCAUCUCGUGCGUCGCCGCGCUCACCGUGAGUGAGUUUUAAAAGGCGCGCGGCGAGAGGGACAACAAGCACCGUGAAGUUGAACAUAUUCGUCAGUCAAGACAAUAGCCGGGUGGAAAAUUUAUGUUUCAUGUGGCACAUUAAUGAGAAAGCAAAACCCAUCACCGAGCUUCCCAAGGAUUGUUGAGAAUAUGGAAAUAUGUAAUUGUUGACGAAGGUGAAGAUGACAGAAGCUUUGUGAGAAAGAUACCGAGCGUGUUUUUGUGGGAGAGGGUGAAGUUUAUUCGACAUGCCCGAGAAUGUUUCCCUCAUCAGGAACCGGACGGAAGUCGGGCAGGGUCGCGCUUGGGGUAGCGGAGCAGGCGCGCGGCCAGCAUGGGUCGUCAUGGUGCUGGCCAGUGUGCUGAUCUUCACGAGCGUGGUGGAUGUGCUCGGUAACGUGCUGGUGAUCAUCUCGGUGCUCAGAAAUAGAAAACUGAGAAACGCGGGUAAUGCCUUUGUAGUGAGUCUGGCUUUCGCUGACCUUCUGGUGGUUUGCUAUCCCUACCCUCUGGUCUUGCACGCCAUGCUGCACGCAGGCUGGCUGCCGGGGGAAAUGGAGUGUAAGGUCAGCGGCUUCCUGAUGGGAGCGAGCGUCAUCGGCUCCAUCUUCAACAUCACCGCCAUCGCCAUCAACCGCUACUGUUUCAUCUGUCAGACCAACACCUACGAGAAGAUCUACGGCCGUGCUGGAACCCUGGCCCUAUUGAUGUUAGUCUGGGUACUCACCGUCCUAGCCAUUCUUCCAAACCUGGCGCUGGGGUCACUCACGUACGACCCCCGCGUUUAUUCAUGCACCUUUAGUCAGACGACAAGUGCGGGAUACACCAUCGCUGUGGUGACCGUGCAUUUCCUGCUUCCUAUCGCAGUAGUUACGUUCUGUUAUCUGAGGAUUUGGGUGCUGGUGCUCCGUGUGAGGAGGCGGGUCAAAACUGACGUCAGGCCACGCCUACGUCCGAGUGAGUUGCGCCACUUCUUGACCAUGUUCGUCGUCUUUGUGCUGUUCGCCGUCUGCUGGGCGCCUCUGAAUUUGAUUGGACUGGCUGUAGCUGUGGACCCUUCCCGUGUUGCGCCCAUGGUCCCUGAUUGGCUGUUUGUGGUUAGUUAUUUCAUGGCGUACUUUAACUCCUGCCUGAACGCCGUAGUGUACGGACUGCUCAAUCAGAACUUCCGCAGAGAAUACCGCAGAAUACUUCUGUCACUUUGCAAGCCACGCCUCUUCCUGCAGGAGACAUCUAGGGGUGGGACUGAGCGCAGCAACAAACAGUCACCUGGCAACAACAACAACGACGAUCAGCCCAAAGCGAACACAAUAUAAUUCACUCACAAUACAUAUACACAGAUAUCAAAGAGAGAAUGCUGCAAAAAGGUUUUAAAUUGCACCCACAAAUGUUUUAACAAUAACGUUUUAUGCCUCACUUUAGAUACCACCAUCUGCAAAAAAAGAAAAAAUAAUACCUCAUUUGUUGGAAAACCAUAAAAUUAUAAUAAUCUUCAGUAUUACAAAAAAUAAUCGCAUCUCACAUGCAUUACAAUCACAUUCAAUUAAUGCAUGCUAAUGAUUGAGAACUGUGCAAUAACUCAUUACCAGACAAAAGGUGCAAGCUCGAGAAAGACAAAGACUGCAGAACAUUUUCGUCUUCUCCAGACAUACGCCCCUUGAAAACAACUUAUUUUUCUCACUGAUAGUUGGAGGCUGUUUUCUCCAGCCAUUCAUAAAUACUCACUAAACAGAUCUCUCACAAGAAGGCUGCACCCAGAGGACUCACAACAGUUUCACAAGUGCUUCCCUAAUGAUAUAACAGCAUUAAAGAAACAUUCCCCAAAUGCUCACACAUUUGUGACCGUUCAGCACCUUGACAUACGUUUUCCCAGUUGUCCAUUAGCGUUAGCACUUUUGGCACUGUAAGUACACUAGAGCCUCCCCUUGUGCUAUGCAACCAAUUAUUUUUAAACUCUAUGGAGAAAGUGUAAAACUAGGACUCCCUUAGGUUUGCAGUAAAGGUUAUCCAAACGUUCCCCUAAAACACUGCAGCAACAUUCUUGUAAAACUCCCCUAUUGCUAUGCAAACUCAACAUGAGCAACUCCCAGUGUUGAAAUCUUCCUGUAACCUUCCCACAACAUUCCACAAUUAAGUCUGUGAAUGCAGCCAUGUGGGAAUAUGCCCAAAUGCUGCAAGAACACGUUUUUAUAUUCUCUAUAGGUUUAAACAAACAUCAUACGCUCCCUAUGCCUGUGCACCAGCAGAACACAUCUGCACGUAUAUUAUCGUGUUACGGCAUACGACUUAUAUUAACUUUAGACAACAUUACUUAAAGGGAUAGUUCAUCCAAAAAUGAAAAUUAUCCCAUGAUUUACUCACCCUCAAGCCAUCUUAAGUGUAUAUGACACCUUUCAGAUGAACACAAUCGGAGAUAUAUUUAAAAAUAUCCUUACCGCCGAAAGCGGCGCGGCGCGUCUUGGACGGUGAGAGCGUCGAGAAGAGUUGAAGUCAGGUCAACUGUAUGGUAAUGAGCUAUGACGCGGUUCAGCGUGGCAAUCAAUCGGAAUCCUCUCAAGCGAGGACCUCUACAUUCUGAUUGGUUGCUACAAAUUGUCAUUUACUUUUUUGGUUUGAACGCACAGUACAGCGUUGUUGGCAGGGCAGCCGAGGCCAAAUUUGACGCUCUCGCCGGCGGCUGUGUGAACGUACAGUUAGUCCUCCAAGAUUUAUAAUGGUUGUGAAUGGCAGCCCAAAUUUAAAAAAUAAAAAAAAGCAUCCAUCCAUAAGCAAAGUAAUCCAUACGACUCCAGAUGGAUAAUAAAGGCAUUUUGAAGCGAAAGGAUGUGUUCAUCUUAGAAAAUUAUCCAUAUUUAAAACUUUAUGAAUUCAAAUAACUAGCUUCCGGCAUACAACUGUAGUAAUAUAUCUCCAAUUGUGUUUGUCUGAAAGAAGAUAGUCAUAUACACCUAGGGUGGUUUGAGGGUGAGCAAAUCAUGGGAUCAUUUUCAUUUAUGGGUGAACUAUCCCUUUAAAUGAGGAAAGUAAUGCACCAGUUUACAACAGGAUUUAUUAACAGGGUUCAAAUGAUCAUCACAAUUUAAUAACAUAAAACAUUAUGUUAUGGGCAUAGGGCUUCACAUAUGUGACAUGAUAAAUAGACUAUUUGUCGGUAUCUUUUCUUCCUUAACAGGCCAAUUUCUAUCAUUACUAUUAAUAAUAAUAAUAAUAAUUAUUAUUAUUAUUAUUAUACAAAAAGUUCAUUAAUAUACCAGCAUGUGUCAAUAGACAUUUACACACUUCAAAGUGCCAGUUUCUGGUCUCAGUCAAACCACAAUACUUAAGGAGGACCUAAUUCUUCAUUAAAUACCAGAUAUAGAGGUAGCUUAAAUGAUCAGUUCAUACUGAUAUAAUCAUUUAGGUCAAGAAAGUCAAAACUGCAUUCAUCUUCACUUAAGCUAUGGAUACUUUUACUGAGGAAAGUUUCCAUCUCAAAUAUAUCAGUUACUAAAAUCUCAUUUUUAUAGUCACCCUAGCAGUGGCAUUGAGUAUGGGGAGGAGGGGGAUGGCUGUCCCUGAUGUAUUAUACAAAGCAUCUGAUAUUUUUAAAGAUUCACUCACGUUUCACUUCACAAAUAAUGUAGGAUUUAUGGCUUUUACUUUGACUACCCAGAGUAGUAGCCUAGUCCAUCUGUCCGUGAUACAGACACUGAGAAAAAGUUCACAAAUAAUUGAAUAAAUUUCACAAAUAAUUACAAAGAAACAAGUAACACAUUGAAUUAAACAUGAUUUUUUAUUAAGUAGAAAGACUGAAAUAGUAUUUUCUUGUCAAAUUUACUACAAUAAUCUUCUUUACUAAUCAAUAAACUUCUACAGUGUAGAUUAUCGUUUCAAAAAAAGUGCACGUUUGCGUUCUGAAUUGCUUUUCUAUGUAAACAUGCUCUUGACGAAUGCAUUCAACACUAAUUUUUCAGUGUGUCGCGCCUGCGCGCAGCAUUUUUCAAUCGCCGUCAACUUAAAUGUUGUUCGACUUUUAAAAACGCGUCUCUCGAGACCCUGCGCUCUUUUCCAUCAUACUUUGCUGUGUCUUGCGUGUUUGAAAACAAAAAAGCAUUCUGUGUAAAUGGCCCCUUGCACGUUAUUCAGCUAACAGCAGUUUUAAAGCCCAUCAAUAUUUAUAUAGCCAGCUGUUGAAAAGUACCUGUUCAGACCGUUACGUGGAACUGUCAGGUUUCAACAAACCGUCAUUGAUACAAAGAGGUAACUAUUCAGCAAAAUUGAGGGCUUCUGUCCUUUGAGAACUUCUUAGCUUUUUUCUAUAGAAUAUUUAGAUUAGCAUUACAAAUGCCUUAGCAGUUUUCCCCAAUUUAUUCCUGACAUUCAUGCAAAGAAAAGUGAAUCUCCACCACCUGUGCUCAUAUCUUUUUUUCUUGUCUCAUUAUUCUGAAAAGAAUGUUGCUAAGAUACUUUUAAGUUUCUUUUAAGUUUCCACGGAUGUAAUUAGCGUCAAACAAUAGACGUGUAUAUUGUUUGAGUGUAUGUGAACUUUUUAAGCCUCAAAAAUGUACGAACUAGAAUCUGCCAAAAACAAAACUGAGGAGUGAAUUCACUGAACAGAUACUCAAAACAUUUCAGCGCAAAAUCCCUCAUUAUAAGCUCCCACAAUUCAGUUUAACCACACAUCUAGCACUCAAAACCAACUGACAUGGUCAAGAAUUGCACCAUUACCUGAUACUUUAGUGUCCCGGGUGCUAAAACAACGCAGACAGAGCGCAAAUAAACAUCGCUAUUAGUGGACACAAUUCAUAGUGAAUCCCUCCCGAGUCAUUGACACGGCUUUACUUUCAUUCACAUUAAUCAGUGGAUCUUCCAGUUCAGGGUCAAAUUUAAGCCUCAAAUGUUGAAUACUUCAAAUAAUGAAUACCAGUAGCAGUAAUGAUUAAACGAUUUAUUGGGAAGAACUUUACCAAAGGAGCUUCAAUUCUGAUUGCAGUGAGUAAUAAAACUUAAUGAAAGACAUCAAUGCACUUAUUGAAAUCUUAAGGAUAUUACAAUUUUUAAAUAUUGUAUGACUUCUCAUGUCAUUUAAUUUUAUAAUCUACUGAACCAUAGUGCACUUUGGCUUCUGUAACGUUAUUCUUAUUUAACAUGGUUAAAAAUAGUUUUAAUUUUGCAUCCUAGUAAAAUUGGAAAAAAAAAAGUUAGUGAAAUCCAAACAAACACCAAAUGCUCCGAGAGUGCUCAGGGUGUUAAAAAAAAAAAAAAAAAGUUCAAGUUUACCUGACUACUUCAAGUUCUUAGUAACAAUCAUCUAUUUUAACUGUGAGUUCAUAUCAGACCACGUGAGGUGGGGUUUGACAUCUUUACCUGGAAUAUUACAAACACAAAAGGCUGCAGUCACCCCAAAGGGUGAUUCAAAAGCACAAUAAAGAUGUCGUGAGAAAAGAGUGGCAUACUUGUUCUGUUUACAGUUCCAGUGUUAUCUUAGUAUAAAUGGAGUUUGUCGCACGACAGUGAAUGACUCCAUGUGUCUCUAUGCAUUUAAAACACGUCACGCCAUCAGUCACGGUAUCUUAGUAUUCCAGCCGAGUGCCCGAGCGCUCGCAUAAUGUACUGUUUCUAUGGGUAUUCCUAUUUUAUAUCGGUUUCUCUCAUGGGUAACCCGAACUUAGUAUUUACGAUGAGAGUAGAAUAAUCUUAGUAACUUCAACGAGUAUCUCGCCCUUCUUACUAUGGUGAGAUCACAUGCUCAUUUCUUAGUACCUUUGAUGACUAUGAUGAAUAAUCUCUGUAUUUAUGACAAAUGCUUGUUCAGUAAUCUAUUUGUCUUGGUAAAGCUGAUGAGUGCUGGCUUCUUUGUAUCUGCAGUUUCUUGUCUUGGAAUUUUUGAUGAGUACUCCUACUUUAAAAUUAAGGAAGAGCUUUUAUCCAGUGAUAUUCCCAUUGGUGGAAUAAUUAUGAUGUGCUUUGCUGAGAAUGAAGAAAUCUAUUUAUUAAUGUAUGUAUUUGUUAUUUUUAUGAAUUAUUUUUGAAUAGUUUUGUUGUUAUUGCAACCUUAUGUGCUUUGAUACCAUUUCCCAGUUUGUGGGUGUCAAUUUUGAUCUACAGUAAACACUGUAAUUGUACUGUAUUUGGGCCAGUUUCAUUUUUUUUUUUUUUUUUUUUUUUUUUUUGUAUUGUACAAAGACUGAGUACUUAUCUUUGUUUCCACAACAAGUACUAAACUGAGUUUACUUAAAUGGUUUAUGCCAAAUGAUUAUCUUUCCUCAUUUACUUGCAAUUUUAUUAAAUUGUGUAUCCCCAGAAAAAAAAAAAAAAAACACUGUGCAGAUUGUGUUACCUCAAGUUAUGGAACUAAAUUAAGUUGACUUUAAGUCAAUAAAUGAAUAAACCCUUGAAGUAAUCUCAAGCAACAGGUGCAUUUUAUCAGUGUGUCUUAGUACUCGGGUAAGUUCUCUUAUUUUAGUAAUGCUGCUGUAGUGUUGAACAUGAACUGAUGUACUACGUUUGUAAAACUUAACUUAGUAAAUCAAAGCAUUAAUCGGGUCAAACUGUUACAGCCCCAAACACUUGUGAUAUUUCAUACUGCGAAAUGAAUGUGCAUGAACGUUGAUUGUUUUAUUUGAAUUUGUGCGCUUAAGGAACAAGACGGCAAUUAUCUUCAGACUUAGGACAAAUGAGGCAUAAGUGAUAAAUUGCUAAGAAGAGGAUGGGGAACAGGACCAAGAGGCUCUAAAAAUAAUGUAUUAUUGUGACAUGAUCUUAAAAUGAUUUCAGAAGACUGCUGGUGUAGGAUUUUACAUGUUAAUAAAACUUUUAUUUUUAAGAGA